CAAUGUAUGUGUAACUGUAAAAAGUCGUUUACAAACGUAAACAUUUCCACAACUCUUUCGGUAUCGCGUCAGAAUUGGGUACCGUUUUUUAUAAAAAGCGUUUUAUUCAAAUCAUUUGCAGUCAGUAACUACCGUUAGUCUGGCAGCAGUGUUCCCACAGGCGCCUUGGCAACCCUGCGCAUGUGUUGCCCUUGAUAAAAAAUAUCAGCUGCCGUCGUCGGGGUUCUGUAUCUGCUGCUGCUUUUUGCAUAACAAAAUCACAAAAAUUCGCGCACAUAUUUUAACAGCAACAACAACAACAAAAAACUAGUCAUUGCACGAAAAUAACCGCUGCCAAUAGGGCGACAAGUAGAUUCGAUCUCAAGAGGAGCGUGCAGAGCAGCAGACACGGAACGAAAAACGAGCAUGGGUCAGUACACAGCGGCACAGAGAAAAAAUGUGCGUAUUUUGUUAGUUGGCGAUGCCGGGGUGGGUAAAACAUCCCUGAUAUUGUCGCUGGUGAGUGAAGAGUAUCCGGAAGAUGUACCUCCGCGUGCCGAGGAGAUAACCAUACCGGCAAACGUGACGCCUGAGCAAGUGCCCACAAAUAUCGUAGACUUCUCCAGUGUGGAGCAGACAGAGGAAGCUCUGAAUGCGGAGAUAAAUAAGGCGCAUGUUGUGUGCAUUGUCUACGCAGUGGAUGAUGACGACUCGCUGGAUCGCAUUACAUCACAUUGGUUACCGUUGGUGCGCUCUGCUUCUGGCACGGAGGGCGAGUCGCAGCAAGGUGUACGGAAGCCGAUCGUGCUGGUGGGCAAUAAAAUCGAUAUGAUUGACUACUCGACCAUAGACAGCGUAUUGGCCAUAAUGGAAGACUAUCCAGAGAUUGAGAGCUGUGUCGAGUGUUCGGCUAAGACACUGCACAAUAUUUCCGAAAUGUUUUACUAUGCACAAAAGGCGGUGCUGCAUCCUACAUCACCGCUGUAUAUCAUGGAUGAGCAAGACUUGACGCCAGCCUGCAAGAAAUCGCUGGUGCGCAUUUUCAAGAUUUGCGACAUCGAUGGCGAUAAUCUGCUGAAUGAUUACGAACUGAACCUGUUCCAACGACGCUGCUUUAACACGCCGCUGCAACCGCAAAUACUUGACGAGGUCAAGGCUGUUAUACAGAAAAAUGUGCCCGAUGGCAUCAUCAAUGAUGCCGUCACACUGAAAGGCUUUCUCUUCCUGCACUGUCUGUUCAUACAGCGCGGACGAAAUGAAACCACUUGGGCGGUGUUGCGGCGUUUUGGCUACAAUGACCAGUUGGAAAUGUGCCAGGACUAUUUGCGACCGGCCUUGAAGAUACCGCCAGGCAGCAGUACGGAGCUUUCGCAUCGCGGCCAGCAAUUUCUAAUUGCUGUUUUCGAACGCUAUGAUCGCGAUGGCGACGGUGCCCUCUCACCGGAUGAGCACAAAAUGCUUUUUAGCACCUGCCCUAUGGCUCCCUGGUCCUACUCCACUGAUAUACGUAAAUCGUGUCCGACAAAUGAUGGCGGCUGGGUGACCCUGCACGGCUGGCUGUGCCGCUGGACGCUCAUGACACUCAUCGAUGUGGUGAAGACGCUAGAGUAUCUGGCAUACCUGGGCUUUAAUGUGCACGAGAAUGAUAGCCAAUUGGCGGCGAUACAUGUGACGCGGGAACGACGUAUUGAUCUGGCUAAGCGACAGAGCAGUCGCUCUGUAUACAAAUGUCAUGUGAUUGGACCGAAAGGCUCGGGAAAAACAGGCUUAUGUCGCGGUUUUCUCAUCGAAGAAAUGAGCAAACUUAUUGGCAAAGAAUUCAAGACAAAUGUAGUGCACUGCAUUAACUCUGUACAAGUAUAUGGACAAGAAAAGCAUUUGAUAUUGCGCGAUAUUGAUGUGCGUCAUGCCCUGGAUCCUCUGCAGCCGCAGGAGGUGAACUGUGAUGUAGCCUGCCUUGUCUACGAUUCUUCUAAUCCGCGUUCUUUUGAGUAUGUCGCACGCAUUUAUAUCAAAUACUAUGCAGAGAGCAAGAUACCAGUCAUUAUUGUUGGAACUAAGUGUGAUUUGGAUGAGAGGCGCCAGGACUAUCUCAUGCAACCAUCGGAGUUUUGUGAGAAAUACAAAUUGUUGCCCCCGCAUCUGUUUAGCUUAAAGACCAAUAAGAAGGAGCUCUAUACAAAGCUGGCCACAAUGGCUGCAUUUCCGCGUUUCCAAGCCGCCUGGAUACUGUUCUACAAACACAGGUUGGUACAGCUGUGGGAAUCGGCUCAUUUGCGUCAAUUUGGACUUAUGACGGAGGAUCCUGCUUUAUGGUGGAAGGCUGGAUUGGGCGUGGCUGCUGCUACUGUGCUCGGCUUUAUUGUUUUGAAAGCGUUUAACGUCGGCAGCAGUCAUUCGCAUUAGUUGCAAUUGCACAUAUAUUAAAAAAAAAUUAAUGUGGCAGAAGGCGCAAAACACAGUUAUAUAUACAUAUAUAUAUUUAUUAUUUAUACACGUUACGCGUUUCAAAUUCAUGUAACUUAUUAAUUAAUUCCUUGCAAUGCUACUUUAAAUCAAAAUUUAUUGUUAAUAUACUAGCAGAAGAGGAAUAAAUCUAUUUUUAAGCUUGA